GCAACGGAACCGCAAGCUAACGAGUGCAGUCGUUCAAAUCCUAGUGAUCAUCUCGUUCUUUCUUUUUCUGUCGCUGGCCGAAUGGCUAUCGGCUAGGAUUAUUCGCGCCGGCAUCAUCGGCCAAAUCGCGGUCGGCAUCAUCUAUGGAAAACCGCUGGCCGACAUCCUUGAACUUGAGUGGCAGCAUACCUUUAUCGCUCUCGGUUAUGUCGGUCUGAUCCUGAUUAUCUUCGAGGGCGGCCUUGGUGCGCGCAUAGAUCUUCUCAAGCAGAAUUUUGUGCUUAGCAUGAUCGGAGCUGCGACAGGAGUGUGCUUCCCGAUUGGUCUCUCGUACCUAUUGCUCUACCUUGGCUUUGGGUAUGGAGCCGUCGAGACCUUUAUCAUUGGGGCGGCGUUGUCCGCCACUUCGCUAGGAACGACAUUCGCAGUCAUAUCUUCAGCGUCACGCACAGUCGACCUCGGUCAAACCCGCGUCGGCUCCGUUCUAGUCAGCGCAGCCGUCAUUGACGACGUCGUGGGGCUCGUCAUGUCGAGCGUGAUCUCCGACCUGGGCCGCUUGAAUUCUGGCUCAUCCGUAAACCUAGGCUGGCUGAUUGGCCGCCCCAUCGUGGCCUCCGUCGCAAUGGCAAUUGUCACACCUAUCGUCACAAAGUAUAUCUUCGCGCCGUUGUUUCGCAAGUACAUCGAAUAUCACUUCGCGCGAUACGACCACAUCUCCAACCUUGUCCUCAUGAUACUCGUCCUGUGUGCCUUCAUCUCCAUCGCCGCAUACGCCGGGACAUCCGUACUUUUCGGGGCUUUCCUCGCAGGAACCUUCCUCACAUACAUCCCGAGCAAGCACCCAGAGGCGCCGUUCGUAGUCACGAGUCGCGAGGAGGGCGAGCGAGAGGCGCACAAGUCUCCGACGUUCGUGCAUACCUUCGAGCGAUACCUGGUUGACGUGCAGAAGUAUCUGAUGGAGCCGCUGUUCUUCGCGAGUGUAGGGUUUGCGAUUCCGUUUGUGCAACUUUGGACGGGCAUGAGGAUUUGGCGUGGAGUGUUGUUUACUCUGCUGAUGGUCUUUGCAAAGUUCAUUGUUGGGAUAUGGGUCAUCAUUUGGCAAGCACUUUUUAACUCAAAGGGCCGGAAGCAACUGUCGCGCGGCCAAAAGAAAACUCAACGUAAACAACCACAGGACGAGGAAUCGCAUACCCACGAGGCUACCACAAAUUCCAGGGACAACGAUGUGUCCCAGACAGGGUCCUCCGAGAAGCAGCCUCCCUCACAGCUCAAAUUGUCUCACAAAUCCACCCGCACAGUCUGGCUCUCCGGCCUCCUGCUCGGCUCUGCGAUGGUCGCGCGCGGGGAAAUCGGCCUCUUGAUAAUCGAGAUCGGAUACAAUGAGACCUCAUACGUCACGGAGGACGGGUUCAUCACAGGCGUGUGGGCGAUUCUGCUUAAUACGAUCAUCGGGCCUGUUAGCGUAGGGUUGCUCGUCAAGGCAUACGGAAAGCGGAUCGGGGAAGGUGAAUGGGGGUUGCAGAAGGCUGAGGGUGGGAGGGGUGCCGACAACAAUGGUCACCACGCAGAGGGUGGUGAAUCUGCUGCUUGA